GUGCACGUAUCUCCCUCUUCGCCCGUGGCUGACCACUGUAGCAUAUACGCUCUAAGCGAUGACAAGGAACCCUUGUUCAGCAGCCCUUGCGAUCACGAUCAUGAUAGGACGUGCCCCCAAUGUGAAGAACUAACAGCCUUAGUGUCUGCCAUUCAAGAAUACUUAGAAAGAGAGGAUCUGGGAUUUCCAACUGCAGAGUUAGAUGACUUACGCCAUGUGGCCGAUGAAGCAGCCCAAAACAUUCUGUCUUGGAAGGCUCAUCAGCUGAGAAGCAAAAUUCAGGACAUGGCCAGAGUAGACGCACUUGAACAACUAGACAAUUCGUCUGUAAUGAUCACCCAAGACUGGGCCAUGAAAUUUUUGCCACAAAAAUACCGCGAAUCUCAGGCAGACUGGUUUGCCAAGAGAGGCAUCUCAUGGCACAUAAGCGUGGUGGCAAGAAGACUUAAUGGAAAACUUCAGAAUCAGUCUUUCGUCCACAUUGUUAAAAACUGUAACCAAGACAGCUCGGUAGUUAUCCGCAUCAUGGAACACAUACUGCGCACACUAAAAACGGAGAAUCCUGAAAUUUCUACAGCAUUUUUUAGGCAGGAUAACGCGGGAUGUUACCAUAAUGCUACUAUGCUUGCUGCAUGCCGCUCUAUGGGUGAUGUCACUGGAAUCGCUGUUUCUAGAGUAGACUUUAGUGAUCCUCAAGGUGGCAAAGGCCCGUGCGAUCGCAAAGCAGCCACCAUCAAAGCUCAUGUUCGUAGAUUUGUUAAUGAGGGACACGAUGUCCAAACUCCAAAGGACCUUGAAACCGCGAUGCUAUCAGCUGAAGGAGUACCUGGGGUAAGAGUGACACUUGUCGAUUCAUUAGGUAUCAAGGACAGCCCCAUAAAAUUGGAUGGCAUCAGCUUGAUCAACAACCUACAGUAUACUGGUGCGUCAAUGCGAGUAUGGCGAUCCUACAACGUCGGCUGUGGAAAAAUCAUCGACAAACAGCUACCAACAGGUUGUUAUAAAUAUUUUUUUUAUAAGGAAAGAUUAAAAAUGCAGACUUAAAGUAAGGAAAAAAGCGACACGCGAACACAUUAAAAUACCUUUUUUUGUUCUCAGUUGCAUUCUCUCGUGUGGCAAAAACUUUCCGUACAAUAACGCGAGGACAGAUAUAUUUUAACUCUUACCAUCAACAUAGCUGUUUUAUAAUUUCACAGUAUGCGCAGACUUUUGCGGAUACAUUAUCGUGCGCAUCCCACAAGACACUUAGGACAACAACAUAAUCAGAGCGUGACAAAGUAAGAUAAAGACUGUGAACCAUUUGUCACAAUGUUUUCUUUUUUGGUUUCAGCUACAAACAGCUUCUGUGGUAAUUUUCAAGAGAAAUUUUCAGCCGGCGACUUCUUGGAUGUUGGUAAAGAAGGAUGUCCAGCGUUACCUCUUGAGUCUUCUAAAAAUCAAAACUUUGCUGAAGGGCCAGAGGAGGCAGAAUUUGAUCCAGGUCUUUUCCAAUGUCCUAACGAAGGAUGUGUUAAAAGUUAUCAGAGUUUUUCAGCCCUUGAAAAGCAUCUGUCUUUUGGAAAGUGUGAAAUGCGUGUAGAAAGAGUCACCCUUCUUGACCAGGCGAGGCAAAUGUACCACGCCAAGCUAACAGAAGGAACAAGCAAAGACGUGACAAGCCACUGUGCGGAAGCUUCUGUUCGAGAAAGCGUAGUAAAUACCAGUCAAAUUGUUAAAGGGUGGGCGUUAAAGCAAACGAAAAAAUCUAGACGACUCAGCGAAUCACAAAAGGGGUAUCUUGACGAAAAGUUUAAAAUCGGUCAGAAAACAGGUCACAAACAGGAUCCAGCUUCCGUAGCUCACGACAUGCGUUACGCCAGAACUGCUGAGGGUGAACGGCUUUUCACCCGUAGUGAAUUUCUAACUGCGCAGCAAGUUCAGUCGUACUUCUCUCGACAAGCAGGCAAACUGCGCAAUCAAUCCACCGAGGAUGAGAGAAGAGAUCAUGACGCUGCUGCCGAGCAACAGCAGUACUGGAAUACUCGAGAACAAAUCCUUCGAGAGGUUCAACUCCAACACCCCAUCACCUACGACAAUUUUGACCUAUGCGAAAUGUAUCACGCAAGUUCGCUAAACAAGUUCAGUGUCAACAUGUUACAAAGUAUUUGCCAAUAUUUCGGUAUGGAACAACUAACUGUUCGUCGCAAGGCACCAUACAUUGCCCUUAUUGGCGAAUUGAUCCAGUCAUGUACCUGCAAUAACAAUAGUUAG